AUGCUACUUAAACAUCUACCAUGUAUAGUAUCCUCGGCAACACAUCAAAUACAAGUAGGACCUAACGGACAGUUGAUUUUUGAACCCUCAACUAUUGAUAUUAUUGUUGAUGAUUCCAUCCAAUUUAUUUUCACUGGUACUCAUACUGCUACUCAAGCAUCUUCAUCAGAUCCUUGUAAGAGAGCAUCACCUCCUGCGUUUGAUUUUAAUUCCAAUGGACAACAUACUUUCAACACGUCUGGAGUUUUUAAUCUCUUCUGUGACGUUGGUGAUCAUUGUCAACGAGGAAUGAAAGGCGUCAUUACAGUUUCGUCUGCAAACUCUACAAGCACUUCCAAUCCUACUUCUACAAGCACUUCUAAUCCUACUCCUACAAGCAGUAAAUCAUCAGCAUUUACAAAAUAUAAUUGCGACAUCUUAUUGACAGUAAUCAUCAUCAUGGUCGUCACUUGUUUUACUUGA